CGCGGCCCCGGAGGCGGUGCGGCGGAGCCCGAUGCGGCGGCCGGCGGCCGGCCGGGCCGGCGCGGCGGGGGGGCUCGGGAGGCCCGGCGCUUUGCAUUUUGCAGGGCCGUGUUGAGGGGGGCGGGCGGGGUGGCGGGGGGAGGAAACGGAAAGCCGCGCCGAGUCGCCGGGGACCCCGGGGCUGAGCCAUGUUGAGUCCUGCCACCGGGGAGCAGAUCCGCCUGGUGAGCUACGUGGAGGACUACCUGGACUCGAUCGAGUCGCUGCCGUUCGACCUGCAGCGGAACGUCUCGCUGAUGCGGGAGAUCGACGCCAAAUACCAAGAGAUCCUGAAGGAGCUGGAUGACUACUACGAGAAGUUCAAGCGGGAGGCGGACGGCGCCCAGAAGAGGCGAGUGCUGCACUGCAUCCAGAGAGCCCUGAUCCGCAGCCAGGAGCUGGGCGACGAGAAGAUCCAGAUCGUGAGCCAGAUGGUGGAGCUGGUGGAGAACCGCACGCGGCAAGUGGACAGCCACGCGGAGCUCUUCGAGGCCCACCAGGAGAUGGGCGACAGCACCAACAGCGGCAAGGCCGGGCAGGACAAGUCAAAGAGCGAGACAAUCAUGCAGACGGACAAACCGAACAAUAAGCGGUCCCGGCGGCAGCGCAACCACGAGAACCGGGAGAACGCCUCCAACAACCACGACCACGAGGACCUGUCCACGGGCACGCCCAAGGAGAAGAGAGCCAAGACCUCGAAGAAGAAGAAGCGCUCCAAGGCCAAGGCGGAGCGGGAAGCCUCGCCGGCGGACCUCCCCAUCGACCCCAACGAGCCCACGUACUGCCUGUGCAACCAGGUCUCCUACGGGGAGAUGAUCGGCUGCGACAACGACGAGUGCCCCAUCGAGUGGUUCCACUUCUCCUGCGUGGGCCUGCAUCACAAACCCAAGGGCAAGUGGUACUGCCCCAAGUGCCGGGGCGAGAGCGAGAAGACCAUGGACAAGGCGCUGGAGAAGUCCAAGAGGGAGCGGGCCUACAACAGGUAGCUCGCGGCCCCGCCGAGCCGUGCACGCCGCGCCCCAGGAGAGGAGGGGAGCGGAGGGGAGGGGAGGGGGACCCGCGGUCCCCGGCCCCGCUGCCCGCCCAGGCCCCGGCCGCCGCCGCCGCCAGGUGAGGGCGUGGGCGGCGCUCACGGGCGAGCUGCCCCUCUCCCGGGCGCGGCAGUGCGUGAGUGGUUCUCAGUCCGCGUCUCCGCGGGGAGACCGGUCUGGGGUCCACAUUGUAGAACUGAAAGCGGAGGUUUGAAUGAAAGACUUGAUCGAGUCUCAGCCGGACGCCGGGGGUGGGGAGGGACUCGGAGGCAACCUAACGAAUUAAAUGUGGAAAGCAAAGAUGUCACUCGGCUGUUUUAUUUUAUAAAAUAAUGUUAUACUUUAU